UGGCCCUAGGUUAAAUGGAAAAAGAAGACCAAAGAUUUGAGUAGAAACCAAAGGUCCAGGUUUCAAAAGAAAUCAGAUUAGGGUUUUGUAGAUGAUGCUAAUCCCUAUCUUUGAUAUAAUCUAGCCCCAGGAUCCAAUCUUUACAUUAGGUGACGAUUGUGGUGACGUUCUUGCGGUGCAUGCGAUGGAGAUCGGGAAGCUAAACUACUUGACAUAUGUUUGGUGGUGUAUUCCGUAGAGUCGGAGAAUAGAUUCGGUGAUCGAUGUGGUGACGUUCCUGCCUGUAUGCGCUUGAGAUCCAGAUGAUGCCGGUGUAUUAUGUAGAAUUGGAUUUCUUCAUAUAUUGGGAAUUUAUAGUCUGAUGAAACAUCAUGGACAAGCAAGAUCUGCUGCCUUUUAAAGUUGGACAAUUGGCUGAGUCAAUAUCUUUCCUGCCAGGGUACCGUGGUGCAUGGUUCCGAUGCAAGAUAAAAGAAAUUAGGUGCAGCAGAGGGGAGUAUUCCUUGGAAUAUUUUGAUUUUCCUGAUGAAAAAAUCAAGUCGACCAGAAUAUACCAAGUGCCUCCAACGAGUAGGAGGCCAAAGGAGAAGAAUAUACCAAGGCAGCUGAUGGUGCGUCCAGGGUAUCCUCCUAUCUAUCUUGAAAGUCAAAUGCCUCAUGGUAAUGCAAUUUCUGAAGUAACAGUUGUUAUCAGUGGUGUCUGGAAGGUGGGGGAUUUGGUAGAUUGGUUUACUGAUGGUUGUUAUUGGUCUGGAAGAGUGACUCAAAUAUUGGACAACGACAAGGUUGAGAUUGAGUUGCCUCCACCUCCAGUCGGUGAAGGUAAAGCUUAUAAAGUUUUCUGCAAAGAUCUGCGGCCAUCCUUAGAUUGGUCUCCAGAAGAAGGUUGGAGUGUUCCUACUUCUAAGGAAGGAGAAAACUGUCACUGUGCUCGACUAAUUAAACCAGUGAAUCAAGCUGCAUCAGGCCUACCGAACUUGGAGAUGUAUGCAGUGGAUGAAGGAAUAAAAGAUGUUUCGGCAACAGCUGGAUCACCAUUUGAUGCUUCCCUCUCUUCUCAGAUUUCAGCAAACUCAUUAUCACCCACAUAUAAAUUUAUCGAAAAAAAUAAAUUGUCACCUACAUAUAAAUCGAAGCACUCUAUAAUGAAAGAGACGACAGGACAACCUUUGAGCGUUGUUAUUCCCAAGGGACCAACACAAUGGUUAGAAGCAAAUACGAAUGAUGCCAUUGGCAAAACAAGUUGUUCAGACAGCGUCUCUAGUUCACAUAUUAGAGACGCUUCAGCUGAAACUGCGGGGCAUCCAGCUGGGGAAGACCAGUACUAUUGUAGUGGGUCCUCAAAGAAAAUGAGAACUGAUGAAAGUAUCUCUUUAAAUUCCAUGUGCUCGGACACAUUAGAAGCUGCAAUUUUGGAUUUGGAGGAACUUGUUAACAGGGUCAAAUGGCUGAAGGGCAUCUUAAAUUUUGGAGUUCCCUUAUCUCAUGCUGGGAGGCCUUCAUGGAAGUUUAUGGAGCACCGUGCAUCAUCCAGACCAAAAUGAGUGCUUCAAAUAGUGCCUCGAAUAAUAUCUUGGAUCUCCAGUCAAACAAGGGACGUAUUCUCUUCUUCUUAGUGUGUGCUGAUUGAUAUUCCUUCAACAUUCUUAUGUGAUGCUUUUCCAAUGUGAAGGAAGUGUGUUGCAGGAGGCUGGUGGAUGCAUUACUGUCUUACUGCAAGACGGUUUUUGUUGUGGUGGUGCAAACCUUACAGAUAUAUGAUCUUGUAUGGAAAAAGCUAACACUCUGUAAUAUCUGCCAUCUGAUCUGCUAGGGUUCUAUUUGUCCUAGUGCUAGCUCCAGUCAAUUGGCUUUGUAUUUUUUGUUUUUGUCGCUCCACGUGUAUGUUCAAAAUUGCAAUGUUAGUUCUGAGGGGCUAGAGAAACUGACAUGAAACUGACAUUUCAUUCCUUGGUCAUAACUCUUUUGAGUGAACUUGUAAAAAUCUUGCUUCUUGUGUUUUCAUGUGGUGGUGGUGCUUUCCUUCUUCCCCACCUUUUCGCACAAAUUUAAUGAGUUUUUUUAUUUUUAUAAAUAAAAAAAAUUAUAAAAA